CCCUCCCCCCCCCCGCGCUGGUGGUCAUGGCUGCCGCUGCGUCCCUGUCCGCCGAGGAGCUGCUGCCCAAGGGCGGCUCGGGCAAGGCCGAGGAGCUGGAGGACGAGCUGGAGGAGGAGGAGGAGGACGACGAGGAGCUGGACGAGACGCUGGCGGAGCGGCUGUGGGGGCUCACGGAGAUGUUCCCGGAGAGCGUCCGCUCGGCGGCCGGAGCCACCUUCGAGCUCUCGGUGUCGGUAGCGCAGAAGAUGUACAGAUUCUCUAGGGCAGCUCUGUGGAUUGGGACCACCUCCUUCAUGAUUCUGGUUCUUCCUGUCGUAUUUGAAACUGAAAAGCUGCAGAUGGAGCAACAGCAGCAGUUGCAGCAACGACAGAUUCUAUUAGGGCCCAACACAGGGCUGUCUGGGGGAAUGCCGGGGGCCCUGCCUCCAUUUCCUGGAAAAAUCUAAUUUACAGAAGCUGCACUGGAUUUGUAUCAUGUGGGAAGACCUUGAGAUUAUGAUAUAUUGAACUGUUGAUUUGUUGGGCCAGGGCAUUUUUGUUUGCUUUUAUUUUUGGCUGUACUUUGGGACACUGACCUAUUCAUAACGUAGAGGAAAGUCCCCUCUCUGGACCUGAUGAUGGCUCCUGUCUGCAUUAUUCCCCGGUAGAAGUCAUGAGUCUUUUCUUUUAUUUGUAACUGGUUAUGGCAUACUGAUCAAAGACUCAAAAUCAAGGAGUUCCUCUUUUGGACUCCUGUCUACCUAAAAAAAAAAAAAAUCCUGGGGUGCAAGUCAGGCUUCAAAAGUCAUCAAUCAAAAGAAAAUCCCUUCUGGCUAACACAAAGCCUAAGGACAUCAGUGAUAGAACAAAGAGUGAGUUUCCCAGCAGAGGAAGCAAAGGAGGAGGAAGGGUUGCAGGUAUCUGUGCCUGUGGAAAAAAAAAAUCUCUGGGAAGAUGUUUGUACAAGUAAUUUCACUGCAAUUUUUUGUGUGUGUGUGCGUGUGUGUGAGUACCAAGGGAGCAGCAGACUGGCUUAAAGAUGAUCACAUCUGUGCUGAUCCUAUGCAUAUUUUUUUUGUAUUGAAUAAUAAAUAAAUUCAACCCCAA